CUGGUGGACUAAUGGGAAAUUUGUGGCUUAGAGAAGGGAGGGAUGAAACGAGUUGUGGUCUCUGUUGUGUGUAUGGGAGGAAUGUAGUACAAUCAGUGCAACUUGUACAGAAGCCAGAUGAUGUUGAAGGUCUACACAAACAAAGCAGGAGCAGACAAUCUUUGUGUGAUCGUAGAGUGACUUCUAGGUAUGAACUUAAGGCCUUGAUAGGAUGUGGUGCUUUCUCCAGAGUUGUCAGAGUCGAAGACAAGCGGACAAAGGAGCCAUUAGCUAUCAAAAUUGUGGAAAGUCAUUGUGGUAAUUUUCAUCUACUGAAGACGGAAUUGUCUAUUCUUUGUCAAGUUCAACAUCCCAAUAUUAUACAGAUGAAAGAGUCGUAUGUGGAUGAUCGGUACCUGUACAUAGUCAUGGAGCUUGCAAGUGGAGGAGAUUUGUAUGACAAAAUGGCUGCUCGAGGAAAAUUUUCUGAGAAGGAGGCAAGCUGCAUCGCUGACAUGCUACUGGAUGGCUUGGACUAUUUGCAUUCAAAUGGCAUCACUCAUCGGGAUUUGAAGCCUGAAAAUUUAUUAUAUCGUCAUCCAGGGAGUGACUCGAGGAUAAUGAUUUCAGACUUUGGUUUGUCACAUUUUUGUCAGGAUCCUUUAGUAGACAUAAUGGUGACACCGUGUGGGACUCCUGAAUUCAUUGCUCCAGAGAUGUUGAGAAGGAAGCAGUACACACGUGCUGUUGACAUGUGGGCGUUAGGCGUCAUUGUCUACAUACUGAUGAGUGCUCACUUUCCAUUCUAUCACAAUAAUCAAAGGAAAUUGUAUAAACGCAUAGCAAGGGCUGAUUACAGCUAUGGCUCUCAGGCAUGGAAUGGUGUUUCAGCUAUUGCUAGAGACUUCAUUGACAGACUGCUUACAGUGGACCCUGUACUACGAAUGACGGCUAGAGAAGGCAUUGUCCAUCCUUGGCUGAGUAGACCGAGAACAAGAAACCUCUCCACUCGUCUAAGAAGCCAAACAUGCACUUCACAAGUUCUAACCCUAACAGUUCAGCCCGAGUUUCAGCAGGAUAUAACACAAGAUGCGAGAUGCAAUAGAAAAACUCAAGCAAGUCGACUUCAAGAGAGUACACGGCAAGUCAAUUGUAAGCCAAUGACAGAUGAACUAUUGGUGGAAGACAUGGAAGACGACAUCGACAUCGAUCAGUUAGUUACACAGCUGGAGACAGCAGUAAGCAGUCAUUAUUUAGCCAAGACUCGUAAAGCGUUUGUUAGUAGCUAAACUAAGCACGAUGUUUAUGUCUAACAUGUUUACAUCCAGCUGUAGCAAAACAUGUUUGUUGCUAGUAUGUGAGCCAUAA